ACACAUCCUCUCAAUCAAAUUCCUAAUCCUUCUAAAGCGAAGAGCCUUCCGUUUCACAAGCCAAUCCAAACGUCCCAAAUGGCUUCCAAGGCUGUAGCUUCCACUGCCCUCCUCCUCUCCCUCAACCUCCUCUUCUUCACCUUGGUCACCUCCACCAAUGUUGACUGCCCACCACCUGCAAAAAAGGGACACCACCCUAAGCACGCAAGUCCUGCACUACCAAACCCCAAGCCCUCUAAGCGUGCCACGUGCCCAAUAGACACUUUGAAAUUGGGAGUAUGUGCUGACGUGUUGAAUGGUUUGGUGCACCUUGUCGUUGGUCCACCAAAGUUCCCAUGCUGCAGCCUCAUUGAGGGCCUUGUUGACCUUGAUGCUGCUGUGUGCCUUUGCACUGCAAUCAAAGCUAAUGUCUUGGGGAUCCACUUAAAUGUCCCCGUUUCACUGAGCCUGCUCUUAAACUACUGCGGGAAGCAGAUCCCUACUGGUUACAAAUGUGCUUGAAUUUGAAGCACUAUUUAUCCGUCGUGCUCUCAAUUUUUAUUACAUAUGCUUUUAAUUAUUUUCUCAUUUCCAUUUGGUGCGUGUCUAAGAGCUUUUGGGAUGUUUAUUGGUAUACAUAUUCCAUUUUUCAUUCUUAUUAAUAUUUCUUUCUAUGUUUUGGUGGAUGGAUGGAAGGCUCCUUGCCUUCUUCCACAUCCUCUCUAGCAUUGUAUUUUAAUGAAAAUUGUGGUUCAAAUGUAAUAAUUGAUGGUUGUUUCAGAAAGUAAUUUAAUUCAUGUUCGUAGCUA